ACAUUGUGGCGAACAGUCCAUGAAGUUUGGAGGAAGAUUAAUAGUGAUUGGAGUAUCGGUCCAAUCUUUGAACCUCCAAAAAAUAUCUCACUGAAAUAGUCUAAUUAAAAAACAUUUGGAACUUCGUCGUGAAAAAGAGGUCUGUAAAAUUGUUAAAAAAUUGUAAAAAUGGCUCUGUCGACGAUGAAUCGGGAGAAGGAAGAGACAAUGUGGUCUAACAUUGCUGGACGGAUGUUGGUUCAUACAAUUUUACAUCCAAUGGAUUUUGCCAAAGUGUUGAUUCAGAUAGGACACGAGCCCAUAGCUCCUAGAGAAAGCAGAACACUCUUCGGGAAACCGGCACUGGCUCUACCAAACAUUAUUCAUUAUGUAAAAUAUAUCAAGAGUGUGGAUGGAUUCAGUGGAUGUUAUCGAGGACUUGUCCCAAAACUAUGUGCUGAUGCUGUUAGUACUGUUGCUGUCGAAAAAUUCAUGGAAUCCGAAUAUUUUCUCAAAUAUUUUCCCGAGAGGGAUACAAGAAAAGAGGAGAUUAUCGAUGAUCUCCCUGAGCCUGAGAGGAGAGACGCCUAUGUGAAGACACUAGCCAAAGACAUUGUUUGUAGGAUCAUAGGGGUAAUUGCCAGUCACCCAUUGGAUGUCAUCGCCCUAAGGACAAUGGCACAAUUCGUCGGGGGUGAAACAAAGUACAAUGGAAUUUUCGGAUCGCUCAAAGAAGUCUACCGUGAGAACGGCCUAUUCGGUUAUUAUUCAGGACUAGUACCGAGAUUAAUAGCCAAUAUAUCGACUUUGGUGCUCGUCAGUUCGUCAACAUACUUCAUUAACAAAUAUCUCAUUCGGGACAGGGCCCUCAAGAGGUACACCUCUUCAGCUGUAACGAUCGUAGCAACAACUAUCACCUACCCAUUAUUGGUGAUUUACCCCUGUAUGGCUGUCAAUAAUUGCGGGUUGGCAGCUGGAGUCCCCCCACAGAUGCCAAUCUACACGAGCUGGCUGGACUGCUGGAGGCACUUAUCCUCGAUAAACGAGUCCAAACGCGGGAGCAACCUCAUCUGGCGCUACUAUACAGGCCCCCAAGUGAUAAUUAAUGGGCGUCUGACAGCCCUCAACAAAUCCGACUUCUUCAAACAAGUUUCAUAAACAAAAAAUCCACUUCAUCGUCGACAAAAAGAGAGGAGAAAAUACCUCAGAGAAGACUGCAUUCGAAGAUUCGUAUUUGUCAUUGAACAAUACAAGACAAAGUUGCGAAAGUGACGAAAAAAAUAACAAAGUUUCAAGGAAAAUUAAAUUUCUUUUCUCUCAUACCCACAUGCGGUUGAAUUUUAUGAAAUGAACUUCACGAACACGUACUCCAUUUCGUGUUAACUAUUGUCAGUGUAAAAAGUCAAAGUUUAUCUCAAAUCUAUUCUUUACUUUAUUAUAGAUGGAAAUAAAAGUAGGAUACAGUGAA